AUGCUCAAACAUCAUCGUCUCGAAGCAUUUCCAAAACCCAUGUCCAACCACUUUGAUCUUCAAAAACAUAUCGAGUUACAUAUGUUCGAAGAUGUGGACCUUAUUAGUUGGAUUGCCCGAGCCAAAAAAAUUUUUGAAUUACAAAAUGUCCCUAAAGAUAAGAAGCAACUCAAGGACUUAAUUCUCAAUGAGGAUAAGGAAGACAUUGGUAUGGUUGAUUUUGAGGUGUCGGAUUUGGUGAACCCCUUGGAAUAA